UUCACACGUUUUUGCUUGAACCGCCUUCCAUAUCCGUAAAGGGGCUUUGCAAAAACCGCGCAAACACCAUACUUCCGGCUACACUAUUUGUACAACCUUCUGCUGUAAUGUAAGGUUUCUCAGGUUAAACUUCAUUUUCACGGGGGGGAUAUGUUAAUAUUUCAGAUUAUUAAGUAAGCUAACAUGAAAUGGCACGAGAUAUCAGCAACUCUUGGAAAACUACUGUUAUAAUCAGCACAUCACCUCAGUGCGAUGAGCCCUCGCAGAUUCUGUUGGCACAUAAGCACAUAAUUCGUCGCUCGGACAGCAUUCUGCCCUCUUCUUUUGUAUUUCCCAUGUCAGGCACAGCAUUUUUGCUUGUCACACCUGACGAGUUUCCUGCAAAUUCUGAUAAUGCGGAGCUGUUUGAGAGAAUUGAAAAGUUUACACAGGUUCACAGAAAUAGUUUUCUGCUGCUGCAAGCCCCAGUCUACGAGAAAAGGGAGUGGGAGAUUUUGUUAUCGGUGCAGAACAGAUUUCUUGGAUGUAACCUUAGAGUCUUACCUGUGCAUAGUACUACUGAUGUAGUAAAGGGAAUGCUGGUCAUUGCUAAAGCUACAAGUAAACCCCAUGUGGAGAAUUUGAGAGAUCAGAUGGUUUUGGCUUGUGAUCACAUAAUUGAUCAUAGUCCUGUUUGGAAAAUGCUUGAAAACCUGCAGCUGUGUUAAUAUUCUGCUGUUCCGAGCAGUUGUUGUAUUUUCUGUUCAAGUUUUUAAUUGCAGUACUUCUUUUUACCAGAAGAUGUCAGUGUCAUCUUAAAGUAGGCUUUUCAACAAUUUGUGGCAAACCAUCAGCAUGGAACAUUUAUUUGACAUUCAUUUAGAGGCUAUGAACCACU